UGUAUGAGGGAGGAUGCUGAGAGCGAACCAAACCUUUAUAGACAUCAGUGCUCAGUGACAGUGUGUGCGUUGUUCUCCUCCGCUCUGGAUGGUAUUGGGAUUUAUUUUGGAAGCGGGGUCGGGCAGCGACGACCCACCAGCAUCACCGCCGCUGAGCCUGACAUGAAUGACAAGUAAAAGGGUUCUUUCAAGCGAGCAAACAGCACAGGAAUGUGCACAAGUCUUUCUGGGCUGCACUCAGUCUUCUAAAAGCGACAUUUUGGACCUUUUGGAUUUACCUCGUCUUAUUUGUAAACACCCAGACCCAGCAGAGAAGAAUUUGUAGGGCCACUGAAUUUAUUGUUAUAUAUAAGCUAGGAUAUAUAUUUAUAGAUAAUAUUUUUCCCAUUUAUUGAGGAGGGUUUGUUGGGAGUAUUCCUCUUUUGUCAGGCGUGAACAAGACAAACUUCUACCAUGGCACUGGUUAUGGAGCCUGUGAGCAAGUGGAGCUCCAGUCAAGUGGUUGACUGGAUGAAAGGCCUGGACGACUGCCUGCAGCAGUACAUCAAAACCUUUGAGAAGGAAAAGGUUGGGGGGGACCAACUGCUGUGUAUCACCCACCAGGAGCUGGAGGAUCUGGGAGUGUCCAGAAUCGGCCACCAGGAGCUCAUACUGGAGGCUGUCGACUUACUCUGUGCACUGAAUUAUGGGCUGGAGACUGAGAAUCUGAAGACUCUUUCUCAUAAGCUUAAUGCAUCUGCCAAGAACCUGCAGAACUUCAUCACAGGCAGGCGGCGCAGCGGCCAAUACGAUGGCCGAGCCACCCGUAAGCUUCCCAACGAUUUUCUUACUUCUGUGGUGGACCUGAUUGCUGCAGCCAAAAGCCUUCUGGCGUGGCUGGACAGGUGCUCCUUAUGUUUUAGGUCUCCAUUUGCUGCAGUGGCAGACUAUUCCGUGACCAGAAACAAUGUCAUCCAGCUGUGUCUUGAGCUCACCACAAUUGUACAACAGGACUGCUCUGUGUACGAAACAGAAAACAAAAUCCUGCAUGUGUGUAAAACUCUGUCGGGAGUGUGCGACCACAUUAUCUCUCUGUCCUCGGAUCCUAUGGUGUCCCAGGCUGCACAUUUGGAGGUUGUGCAGCUCGCCAACAUAAAAUCCGCUGAAGGGCUGGGCAUGUAUAUCAAAUCAACAUAUGACGGUUUGCAUGUAAUCACUGGGACAACUGAAGGAUCCCUGGCAGACCGCUGUAAGAAAAUCCAUGCUGGAGAUGAAGUAAUUCAGGUCAAUCAUCAGACGGUGGUGGGCUGGCAGCUGAAGAACUUGGUGAACCUGUUGCGUGGGGACCCUGCAGGUGUCACCCUGACGCUAAAGAAACGCCCACAGAGCACGCUGACCUCAACCCCUGCUCUGCUCAAAAACAUGAGAUGGAAGCCCUUGGCUUUGCAACCCAUCUUUCCUCAGAGCCCCAGCAGCAGUGUUGCCACGCCCACCAGCACUUUAAGCACUCCAUCCAGGAGAAGUAGCUGUGCUCUGCAGGACCUCUACAUACCCCCUCCUCCAGCUGAGCCGUACACCCCCAGAGAUGACAAGGGAAAUCUACCCAGUGAUGAUCCUCAAACAGACAGCCCUCUCGCAGAGGGAUCUGAGUCACCGAACUCCUACCUGGAUCAGGAGUGUCGGCGGCAAUUUCCUCUGGUGGAGGAGGAUUCCAUACUGUACUGUUAUGAGUACGACCAGAGCCAAGAGGUGUCAUCAGUCCGCAGGGGGAGCACUCCCACCUUUGGCAGGCUCAGGCCCAUCUCGAUGCCAGUGGAAUACAACUGGGUGGGAGACAACGAAGACCUGGCCAAGCUGAAGAGAGAGAGUCAGAGAGAGAAUUCACUGCUGCGUUUUGCCAGUGAAGAUAAAGUCCCAGGGGAGGACUUCCUGCUGGGACACACCCUGAGUCACAACAGGAGGAAAACAGAGCGAGGAGGGAGCCCCACCCAUUACACGCUUGUCCCUGCCCUCCCAAUGGAAGUCUCCCUGUCCACAUCCAGCUCGGACUCUGCAUCCCUCUACCAUGUGUUUGAGCGAUCCUCACUCCUGUCAAGGUCAAAGAAGAAGAGUAAAGCUGAAAGUCCCAUGUCUUCAAUCAGCAAGCGACGGAUUUCCUGCAGGGACUUGGGUCAAGGGGACUGUGAGGGCUGGCUCUGGAAAAAGAAGGAUGCUAAGACCUAUUUUUCGCAGAAGUGGAAGAAAUACUGGUUUAUCCUGAAAGACACUUGCCUGUACUGGUACAUGAAUGAGGAGGAUGAGAAGGCAGAGGGCUUUGUCAGCCUCCCUGAGUUCAAGAUUGAUCGUGCCACUGAAUGCCGAAGAAAGUUUGCUUUUAAGGCUUGCCAUCCGAAGAUAAAGGCCUUCUACUUUGCAGCGGAAAAUGUAGACGACAUGUCCCGGUGGCUGAGUCGUCUCAGUAUGGCAGUGGCAGGAUACCGUGAGCAGGAGAAUAUUCGCCAGGACCAAGAUUACUGGAGUGAAAGUGAUCACGAGGACAUGGAGAUGACCUCAAUGUCUAAACAGGACAGUCCACCACCACCUUAUGACACCUAUCCCAGAGCCUCCUCAGUGAGUCCAUACCUGGAACCCAAACAUGGCCAUCUCUCCUCCUCUGACACGUUCCAGUCCCAUUCCUCACAUGACGAGUUCCCCUCUGAGCCUCAGGAAGGCAGCAGCAACAUCAACGGCAUCUCCCCUGGACAGAAAACAGGCAGCCACCAAAAUUCCUGGCAGGACCAGAUGGAGAGCAACACAAGGAUGCAUUACCUUCAAACAUUUCCCAUGGAAGAAUCCCUGCUCUCUGAGGAAAGAGACCAACUGGCGAUGGAGUACCGCAGGCAGUCAACCUUGCCUGUGCAGCGCAGCGUGCUGCAAGAGCAGUACAGAGCCCUGCCUUUGCGCCUCAGAGCCAGUAUCGAUUCAGAGGCAGGAGGGAAACCCCGAAGUUUCACACUACCCAGGGACAGUGGGCUCCAUGCUAUCCUGGCCGCCAGUGCAUCUGCAUCGAAUCAGAGGGAGCCCCAGCAAUACCAGCUAGACCGGGCCAGGGAAACAGGCCACAGGAGGGAUUGCAGGCUGCAGUCUGACUCUCUAGGAGAUUUGUACCGGGCUUUGGAACAGACCAGUUUGUCCACCUCAGCUGACCACAGAUCAGCCAACCGCCUGGAGUACAAGCGCUCAUUUGUUCGCCGAGUUAAUGACCCCCUGCUAAAUGACAAACUUCAUCGCCUGCGGAUCCUCCAUAGCUCACUGAAGAAUGUCCCCCUUCAAGACACAAACCGGACGCUGGAUUUCCUAGGGUAGCCUAUGAGGACUACGUGACCUCAUCGCCUCUGCCUGUGCCUCACAAAGCUGGCAUACCACUGCUUGAGAUAAAAGGCACCAAACCCAUCUUUUACCUGCUCAGCUCUCCAUGUCCUCUCCUUUUACUGCUCCUUCAACCUCACUUACUGUGCAUGAGCACAAAGACUAGGUGUCCCUCUGCACCUGAUCUCUCAAAGAUGAAGGCUUCCACAAAAAGCAACAAAAGAUGUCUGGCUUGAUUAAAAUAACUUGCAGAUUCACAGGGUAUUAUGGCAAAGAAGCACUUUGUAUUCCUGUCAAAGACUUGUCAGAGAGUUUUGUACCUCAUCACUUUCAUGCAUGGCCACCUCCAUUUGCUUCUGUUGAAUUGUUUUGAACAUUCUGCUGGAGCUGUGUACAGCCCCUCAGUAAGGUUCAGUAGAGGAAUUAAAAGCAAAACUAUUUUGGAUGUACACAACAUUUUGUUAAGCAUGCCUAGAUGAUUAUGUUUGUUCUAUGAGUGUACAGGGUGUUAAGCAUAUAUACAGUAUAUCUAUAUUUAAUAUUACAUUACAGUGACUACACAAUGUUUUGGGGUACUUAAACAAAUUGUAAAUCAAGUGCUGUGCCUCAGUGAUUGUGAAUGUACAUUGUACGUUUCCAGGAGAUGAGAGAAAAUAUGGAAAGCAAGUUGUUCUAAAAAAUAAUGGCAGAAUAUAAUGCUUGGCGAUAAUGAACUAGCAUUGUACAUACAAAGGAAUGAUCAGAAUAGUUGUCUAUUUUUGUAUGGAUGGUGUCUACCUGAUUGUAAAAAAAAAAAGUUUUGUAUUUCUAAGUCCGUUCGUCAGGAGAAUACUAGUGUCCAUUGCCUCUACCACAUUAUGUUUUAAGACAUUUUAAAAUUUGCCCCAGAAAAGUUGAUUUUUUAAAAAGUGUUCACAGCAUAAAAAGGAAUAGCUGUAUUUAUUAAGUGUUUAAUGUACAAGCAUGCUUUGUAUAAGUGUAACGCAUUGCCAUGUCAUUUGAAAUUUACAUUACACAGUUGUGCCACAUUGCAGCAACAUAACUUUUUUUUUUAUUAAAUAAAGUCUGGUAUGGGCACAGUUAAGA